AUGGAAAGUAAGGAGUGCAGAGCCAGGAUAGAGGACAUGGGUCAGUGGAUGGUGGCCUCUCUAGUCCAUAAGUCCCUGAGCUUCAUGUUUGAAGCCAUGUUCAAAGACAGCAUAUACCUUUCUGAGCCCAGCCAGAUCCAGAUGAAACCCCAGGCGUCUCACAUACACAUUUCCUUCAGCCGUGCCACUCCAGGGUUGGUCAAGCUCGGAGUCCACUGUGUAACAUGCCAGAAAGUCGCUAUAAAGAUCGUCAAUCGAGAGAAACUCAGCGAGUCAGUAUUAAUGAAGGUGGAGCGAGAAAUAGCUAUCCUGAAGCUCAUAGAACACCCACACGUUUUAAAGCUACACGACGUCUACGAAAAUAAAAAGUACCUGUACCUUGUGCUAGAACACGUGUCUGGCGGGGAGCUGUUUGACUACCUGGUGAAGAAAGGCAGGUUAACGCCGAAAGAGGCAAGGAAAUUCUUCAGACAGAUCAUGUCUGCCCUGGAUUUUUGCCACAGUCAUUCUAUAUGCCACAGGGAUCUGAAGCCAGAGAACCUGUUGCUAGAUGAAAAGAACAACAUCAGGAUAGCAGACUUCGGCAUGGCCUCCCUUCAGGUUGGAGACAGUCUGCUAGAAACCAGUUGUGGAUCGCCACACUACGCGUGUCCAGAGGUCAUUAGGGGAGAAAAAUAUGACGGAAGGAAAGCGGACGUCUGGAGCUGUGGAGUCAUUCUUUUCGCCCUGUUGGUGGGUGCCCUGCCAUUUGAUGAUGACAACCUGAGAAAUCUUCUGGAAAAGGUGAAGUUGGGAGUGUUUCACAUGCCACACUUCAUCCCUCCAGACUGUCAGAAUCUUCUCCGGGGCAUGAUUGAAGUGGAUGCCACCAAAAGACUAACGUUAGAACAGAUCCAGAAGCACACAUGGUACAUAGGGGGGAAGAAUGAACCCGAGCCAGAGCAGCCUGUGCCCAGGAAGGUGACCAUCCGCAGCCUUCCAUCUGCAGACGAUAUCGACCCCGACGUACUGGACAGCAUGCACUCGCUGGGCUGCUUCAGAGACAAAAACAAGCUACUGAAAGACCUUCUCUCAGAUGAUGACAACCAGGAAAAGAUGAUCUACUUCCUGUUGCUGGACCGUAAAGAGCGAUAUCCAAGCCAGGAGGACCAGAACCUUCCUCCUCGGAAUGAGAUUGAUCCUCCAAAGAAGCGAGUGGACUCGCCCAUGUUGAACCGCCAUGGUAAGAGGAGACCAGAGAGGAAGUCCAUGGAGGUCCUCAGUGUUACAGACGGAGGCUCGCCUGUGCCGGCCAGGAGAGCUAUCGACAUGACGCAGCACGGACAGAGGUCGCGGUCUAUCAGUGGCGCCUCCUCUGGCCUCUCCACCAGCCCACUCAGCAGCCCACGGCCUGCCAGAAAGUUUUGUGUACCGCCUCAGUCCCCAGACUUUUCACAGUCCCCUAACGCCAGCCCCUGCCCGUCACCAGACCCUGUCCCCAGUCGCACAGGCCAGUGUAUCUCUACCCCCAAUUCACUCGCUCCGAACAAUGAGCCUGCACUGCUAGCACUGAACAAGACACAGACACUACCGGCCAAACCCAAAGUUCUCCCAAAACCCCUCCAAGCCACACGAUCCAACCCGCUCCCUGACACCCACCCAGAUAUGAAAUCUGCAGCCAAAUCAGAGUCCUCUACCCCCUGCCAGCUUCCAUUACAUCCACCCUCUGCCUCUGUUCCCCCCUCCCCUACUUCCCCAACCUCCCCUUUUUCACCAACCACAAUCCCAAACAGCCCCCGCGUACGACGCUCCCACAUUGCAGCCAGCCCGCAGCUAUCUGUGCCCUUCAGCCCGAUGGUGCCUCUGUCACCCAUCCGGCUGCACCACUUUCAUCCCUUGGUGCCCACGCCUUCUUCCUUUACUGACCACCCGCCCAAAUCUAUCCCCCUCAUACAGGUUACCCCUCAUCCCUCCCCUCGAGGCAGCCCCCUCCCCACCCCAAAGGGCACCCCAGUGCACACUCCCAAGGACAGCCCAGCUGGAACCCCCACGCCAACGCCACCCCCAAGUCCCUCCAUCGGAGGCAUGCCGUGGAGGACGCGUCUCAACUCGAUCAAGAACAGCUUCCUGGGCUCACCGCGCUUCCAUCGCAGGAAACUCCAAGUUCCCACACAAGAGGAGAUGUCCAGCCUCACACCGGAGUCUUCUCCAGAACUUGCCAAAAAAUCUUGGUUUGGUAACUUCAUCAGCCUGGAAAAGGAGGAGCAGAUCUUCAUCGUUAUCAAAGACAAGCCUCUCAGCUCCAUCAAGGCAGACAUCGUUCAAGCCUUUCUCUCGAUCCCCAGCUUAAGCCACAGUGUGAUUUCUCAGACCAGUUUUCGAGCGGAGUACAAGUCCACAGCCGGCCCGACAGUCUUCCAGAAACCGGUCAAGUUUCAGGUGGACAUCACCUAUACGGAGAGCACAGCUGCAACCAAGGAGAAUGGAAUCUACUCUGUCACCUUCACCCUGCUCUCAGGACCCAGCCGUCGCUUCAAGCGGGUAGUGGAGACGAUUCAGAGCCAGUUGUUAAGCACACAUGACCAGCCCGGGGUCCAACAGCUGUCUGACGAGAAGAACGGACAGGUGCCCUACCCCCCCGGCACGCCCACCAAGCGCUGCCCCUCGCCCAUGCUCGGCCGGAGGCACGAGCCCGAACAUAAUGACACCAAAUGCCCCGCUGCUGGCCGAGACAGAGCCAAGUGUUCGGUGUCGUCUGUGGGGACACAAGAGGAGUCUUAAAGUGUAGCGUCAACCCAUCCCAGUAUCACUAUGAGCCGGCGGCACACAGAAUAUAUCUGUACAUAGAUAAAUGUAUAUAAUCGCAUAUGGACAUUUUUUUAUGAAGUGACUUUAUAUAGAAAGAAAUCUAUCCAGAGUGAUAUUUUACAGGCAGCAUCGUGCACCUACAUGACACACACAAACACGCACUCCUUGUUCUUGCAUUUUUCAUCACACCUCAGUGUCCACCAUAAUCUCCCCCACCCCCAACCCCCACCCCCCCAAACUGUCUCAUCACCCGUGGACCUUGCUGUAUUUUAUUGCUCCAUUGCUGCUAACCUGUGUGAUGACCUGACUUGUUUCUGAUACCAGGAAUUAUCCAGAAAACCUAUUAAGGCCCUUCCUCCUGCUCCAUCUGCCCUCCUCCGCUCCUUCAGCCACCUCUCCUCUCCACCACCACCACCACCACCACAACCCCCCGCCCCGAGCGAGCCAAGAAAGACAGGCAUUUGUUGACAGAGGACUGCUAUUCGAGGUGCGCUCAGAAGUGGAGCGGGGGGGUGUGGUUACCAUGGAAACAGACCCUUCAUACAGACCUUCAUCUCCCUCUGUGCCCCUUGUACACCUUCAACAGGCGCCAGUAGAAGUUGCUGAAAAUACCUUUAGUGUACCCCAUCAUAGACACACACUGACACACACACACAGGACAACAGGACACUUUUUCUCUUUUCAAACUCAUCAAUUGGAGAACAAGCAUUCAACAAAAAAAACACUCAAAAUAUACAGUAUAUAUAUGUAAAAAAAAAAAAAUCACAUGCAUAUGCACAGAAAACUCUGGGAUGUAUUAACAAGAACACGACAAACGACAAAACGCAGAAACACAUACUGACUCGGAGGAGAAGAAGGGAGGCGGAGUUCUCUGUGGAAAGCCCAAACAGCCGACACGGAUGCUUGCUGGAUUGUAUUUGUUUGCUUUUUACUGUACUUUCUUUGUGAAGAGUGGGUUUAAAGUACUAACUGACUUUAUUAGACUUAAAUCUAUUGCUGCAAAUGGACUGGAAUUGUGAUUUCAGAGAGGACCGGGGUGUGAGCAGAACGG